CGAGUGCUGGUCUUACUACUGCCGGUUUUACUACUGUUGUCAGUAGCUCUACCAAUGAGCACAAAUAGCAGCUUUUCAAGAAAAGACUAUAGGCAUGCUCUGUCAAGGUGUAUUAAUUUCUUUGAAGGUCAGAGAUCAGGAAAACUCCCUGCUAAUCAACGCUUGAAAUGGAGAGAUGACUCAGCUCUUCAUGAUGGUUCCGAGGAAAAUGUUGACUUGGUGGGAGGAUAUUAUGAUGCAGGAGACAAUGUCAAAUUUGGUUUACCCAUGGCUUUCACUAUCACAAUGUUGUCAUGGAGUGUAAUAGAAUUUGGGCAGCACAUGGGUUCUGAGCUCAACAAUGCCAGGACUGCAAUUCGCUGGGGGACAGAUUAUCUGCUCAAAACUACUGCAUAUCCAGACACCAUAUAUGUUCAGGUAGGUGAUCCUAACCUAGACCAUGAUUGUUGGGAGAGACCAGAAGAUAUGGACACUGCCAGAACAGUUUACAAAAUCACCAAGGAAAAGCCAGGCUCAGAAAUUGCUGCUGAAACUGCUGCAGCCUUGGCUGCUGCAUCCAUUGUCUUCAAAAAUUCAGAUCCUGCAUAUUCUCAAGCACUUCUGGACUCUGCAAUUCGUAGUUUUGUGUUUGCUGAUAAGUACCAAGCAUCCUACACUACCACAGUACAAGGAGCGUGCCCAUUUUACUGCACCUCUAAUGGCUACCAUGAUGAGUUGCUGUGGGCUGUGGUGUGGUUACGUAAAGCAACCUCAAGCAUGUUUUAUAGAAACUACAUUUUAUCAAACGCUGAGAGAUUGGGGGCUGAUAAAACCAUGCUGGAAUUUGGAUGGGACGACAAACAUGCAGGAAUUAACGUGCUCUUAGCCAAGGAGUUUUUGUUAGCAAACUUGAGUUCCAUGCAAGAAUUCAAGAGCAACGCAGACAAGUUCAUGUGUUGGGUCUUACCUGAAACACCUAACGAUCAUGUGAACUUCACUCCAGGUGGACUAAUUUAUAAAGGAGAUGCGGCCAACAUGCAGGAUGUGACUACCAUUUCAUUUUUACUCUUGACUUAUGCUAAUUAUCUAGACCGUUCAAAUCAAGUCAUUUCAUGUGGCAAUGUUCAAGUUACUCCAGCUAGACUUAGAGGUGCUGCUCAACGUCAGGUAGAUUACAUAUUGGGUGAUAAUCCUUUGAAUUUUUCGUACAUGGUGGGAUAUGGGCCUCACUUCCCCAGAUAUGUUCAUCACAGAGGCGCCUCAUUGCCUUCAGUAAGAGAGCAUCCCAGUCACAUAACAUGCAAAGAAGGAUAUGCUAAUUACUUUAACAAAGAUAACCCUAACCCAAAUAUUCUAAUUGGAGCAGUUGUUGGAGGGCCAGACCAUAAUGACCAAUUUAUAGACAGUCGAUUGAAAUCAGGGCAAACAGAACCAUGUACAUAUAUCAAUGCCCCUCUAGUGGGUGCUCUAGCUUCUUUGUUGGCUCACCGUAUGGAAUAG